AUGGUUGUACGCGAAGCGGCCAACCCUGUACGAGUGGUUUUCGCAGGAGGUCCCAUCGUAGAUUGGGGUUGGGAUUGGCGUAAUGAUAAACGCGAGUUAGACGUUGUAGAUGUGGGAGUAGGAGCUGCUGAGCUGCGGUUUGAUAAGCUUGGCCUGGGCUUAUGGCUUGGAAUAGUCCUCGAAGCUGUCGAGGAAGCCCGGGAUGCAGCAGGAGUACCGGGUCCAGCUAACUGUUUCACCGGUGAUUUGCUCACCCGUAACACUCGACCCAAGGCUCUUGGAGCAGGCGAAGGGCUUGAAGCAGCAGAACUCGACUUCUUCCCCCCCGGUGUAGAUGACAUCAAGCUCUGUCUUCUUGUUCCCACUGCGCCUCCGGGAGGCACAAUCAUCGACCCCGGUCUUCCCCUGCCAUCGAGGCCACUUUUCGGCGCAACCCUGGGCUCUUCUUUCCUCGCCUGCUCAACAAUCUCAACAAUGGCAGACGCCCGGACGAACAUGCCAAAUCCAUAUUCACACUCGAAAUAUCUUUCUCCUUGA